AUGACAACAGAGCGACAAGUACCGAAACACAACGAGAUUAAGGCUAGCGGGGUAUCUAGGUUUUCAACAGAUGAUGACAAUGAUGAUCCAGUUGAAGCGUUUAUGAGAAGACCCGAAGAGAAAACAGCUGAGUACACGAAUAAUAAUAGUAAUAAUAGUGUAUCAGAUGAGGGUAGUGGUGUGACUCAUGGCACGGGUCACAGCUUUACCAGGGCCUUAAGGGCCAUUUUGAAGAGCAGUGACAGUGAAGAUCAUCUUCCUGUGACGGAAAUUCAUCUAAAAUCACAUGAAUGGUUUGGUGACUUUAUAACGAAACAUGAAGUUCCAAGGAAGGUAUUUCAUUCAUCUAUUGGGUUUGUGACGUUAUAUUUGUACACUCAAAACGUAGAUUACAAGAAGGUAAAAUGGCCGUUGAUGGUUGCAUUUAUUAUAAUUGGUGCUGUUGAUAUGAUUAGGUUGCGUAAUCCAGAUAUCAACAAACUUUACUGUCGGUUUGUUGGAGCGUUAAUGAGGAAGAAGGAAAUACAUACUUACAACGGUGUUUUAUGGUAUCUCUUGGGGUUGGUCAUAUCGUUUGGGUUUUUCUCCAAGGAUGUCGGAUUAAUAUCUUUGUUUUUAUUAAGUUGGUCAGAUACUGCUGCUUCUACAUUCGGAAGAAAAUAUGGACAUUUGACGCCCAAGUUAGCCAGAAAUAAGUCUCUUGCAGGAUCUAUUGCUGCAUUUGUCGUGGGUUUUAUUACAUGCAGCAUGUUUUAUGGGUAUUUCGUGCCGGCUUAUUCGUAUGUCAAUCUUCCUGGUGAGAUUUUAUGGAGCGCAGAAACUAGCCAUAUGAAUCUAAUUCAACUUUCCAUAAUCGGUGGGUUUGUGGCUUCUUUAAGCGAGGGCAUCGAUCUAUUCAAUUGGGACGACAACUUUACAAUCCCUGUAUUAUCUGCAAUAUUCAUGCAUUUAGUCAUUGUUGCAUUCAAAAUUCCAACCAUCAAUAUGCAUAGAUGA